UUCUUCCAUAUUGCGUGUUUCUAUGUGAAACCUGGGAAGCUGAGAGUCAGUGUUUAUGAGUUUUAGAAGACAGUUUGUAUCAGGGUUUUGCACGUCUGUGAGGGAUCAGAAGGUGGCAUGUCCUGAUCUUCGCGAUGUCUAGCACAGCAGACAUGGAACAGAAAGGACAGGGAUCACCCAAAGGCGUCCUGGAGAAAGCAACUUCAAGUCAUGAGGGCAACGCCAAGUGGCUUCAUGCACACUACGACCCUUACUCAACACUCUACACAUUCUCCUCAUGUAUUGCUUUGGCAGAUUUACAUGGAGAUGGGGACAACAAACUUAUCAUUGCAAACUUGGGGACUGGAAAAUAUGACAUGAAGUUAAAGGUCUACAAAGGAACCACUCUGAUGACUGAGAACACCAUCAUCGACCUGCCGACAGCUGUCUGUACUUUCUUCAUGGACACACAUGACCCACGGACACCAGCUGUGGCUGUUGCCUCUGGUCCCUACAUCUACGUCUACAAGAACCUGCGCCCCUACUUCAAGUUCACACUGCCACCACUAGAUGUCAACCCAGUGGAGCAGGACCUCUGGAAUCAGGCCAAAGAAGAUAAGAUUGAUGUCCAGGUGCUGAAGGAGAUGCUGGAGAGUCUCAGGGCCGACGGGAGUGAGGGCACAUUGACUGUCAGAUCCUUAAGGUUCCUUAUGUUGGACCCAGAAGACAUGCCUACAUUUGCCAACCUACACAAGCACAGUCCCCUCAAGAGACAGACUGUGAUCACCUGCAUGACUACAUUGAAGAAGAGCCACUCAGAAGAGGAUGCCAUCAGCUGUCUGGUCAUCGGUACAGAGAGUAAGGAUAUCUACAUACUGGACCCAGAGGCCUUCACUGUUCUUACUAAGAUGGUGCUGCCUAGUGUCCCAGUGUUCCUGGAUGUGACUGGAUUGUAUGAUGUGGAGUUCCGCAUUGUCGUCUCCUGUCGAAAUGGGAACAUAUACUCACUAAAGAAGGGAUCAAAAGCACCAAAGUACAGCAUUGAGCUGAGCUCCCAGCCUGUAGGGCUUCAACGGAUGGGCAAAAAUGUGGUGGUGGGUUGUAUGGACCAGACCCUCCAGUGUUACACCACUAAGGGUAAGCGACUGUGGGUGCUGACUCUACCAGCCAAUGUCAUGACCAUGGAACUGAUGGACUACAAGAGUCGGGGCUUCAAGGCCAUCAUGGUGGCGCUGGACAACUGUGAGGUCCACGUGUACAACGAGAAGUACCUCGUCAACACCAUCAAAACAGAGGACAUUGUGACGGGGAUGAAGUUUGGUCGGUUCGGUAGGGAAGAUGGAGCGCUGGUGAUGACCACAAAAGGUGGCGGCUUGAUUGUAAAAAUCUUGAAACGGAACUCUGUGUUUGAGGAGAAGGAUUCCCGACCAGGUCCGCCGGCUGCACAGAACCAGAAACUGAACAUUCCCAAGAAAACCAAGUUAUUUGUGGACCAGACUAUGAGGGAGAGGGAGAAUGCUGUCACCAUGCACCGUAUGUUCCAGCGGGACCUGUACCGGUUGAGACUGGACGCUGCCCGGUCCUACGUGAAGGCUCUGGAGACCAGCAUGACUCCCAUGUCAGCUGAUCCGCUGGAACCGCUCAAACUGUCCGCUACGGUGAACGGGAUAGGUCCAUCCUUUAAGCUGACAGUGAACCUACAGAACACAUCAUCAGCCACGCCCUCCAUCAACCUCCUCAUCACCUUCCAGUAUGAUGAGAAGCUGUACCAGCUCCAGCGAUCCUCCAUCAAGGUCCCCCUGUUGGUUCCUGGCCUGAACUAUGCUUUCCAGACCCUGGUGGAGUGCAUCAGUGACAAGGCCAUUGCUGACACCAUUAAGGUGUUUGUAUUGAGGAAAGGGAAGAGCAUGCCCAUCAUCACUGGGAACAUCAACAUGCCAGUCAGUGAAGCUCAGGUGGUGGUCUAACACUAACACUGCACCUCAUGACAACAGCUGUAACACCUGCAAGUUCAUAGACCAUCAGGAAACAGCUCCUGCGGAAGUUCAGUAAUAUUCUCCUUUGUUCAGCAAUGCAAUUCAGCAACUUCUCAGAUUUUUUAUGUCUUACUAUUAAAUCUAAUUUGAUACAGGUUCAAAACUGAAAUAAAUGGAGCAGCGUAAUUCGAAAACCAGGAAACUAACCAGAAAUACAAUAGAGUUGUAAAGUAAGAAGAAAUUUCUUAAAUGGUGGUCAUGAUUGCUUCUAUGUACAUCCGGACACUUUGGAGCAAUUCCAAAUUUCAACACUUGCAAUACAGAAUUGUAUGGAUAACACAUAGCUACUUAAAUCAGGAGUUAUUGAGCCUUUUUCCUGCAUUUCAAUUAUUGCAUUUGUAGUCCGACUCAUAAUAGAAUUUCGGAAAGCUGUUUGUGCUUUCUGUUAGGAUGUGCAGAGUUAGUGCCAAAUCAUGUGAUUAACAUAACAAGGAGAAGAACUUUAUUGCACGACAUUUGCA